AUGCGGGCAGAAUCAUGCACCCUGAAUAUCUUGGUUGCUGGUGCAGGGCUGGCCGGGUUGGGCGCGGCCAUAAGCUGUCUUCUCGCUGGCCAUAAUGUACACGUUCUGGAAGCAGCCUCCGAAAUUCGAGAGGUAGGAGCUGGGAUUCAAGUUCUUCCCAACAGCUCACGAGUGCUGCAACACUGGGGGCUAGAAGAGAAACUUUCACUACACUGGGUGAAUCCCCGGUGGUGCCACUUUAAUGGGUGGAGAGGGAAUCGCAUAUCUUCUAUGGAUUUUGACGAGUCACAGAGCCACUACCCAGGAACUUGGUAUCGCUGCUUUCAUCGACCGAAAUUGCAGAAGACCUUGAUCCACCGACUUGAAGAGCUUGGCGGCAAAAUAACCUGUAAUUCCAAGGUUGUGGACGUGCUUAUUAGUCCGGACGGAGCGACGACCACUGUUCGCACUGAGGAUGGCAGUCAGUGGACGGGUGACUUUCUAAUAGGGGCCGAUGGUGUAUUUGGUAACCUGACAGAACGCUUCCUGGGACGUCCAGACCCACCAGUGAAGACAGGGGAUUUGGCAUAUCGACUCUUGCUUUCUGUUCCAGAUAUGAUGAAAGAUCCCGAAUUGCGUCCACUCAUAACUGAUCCUCAAAUCAACUAUUGGCUCGGCCCUGACAAACAUAUUGUUAAUUAUGUUCUUAACAAAGAACUCUUCAAUAUGGUUCUUCUGGUUCCCGAUGAUAUUCCUGAAGACUCCUUAGCAACAACCGUACAAGGAAAUGUUGAAGAGAUGCGCUCCAUGUUCAAGGAAUGGGAUCCUCGCAUUGAAAAGCUGUUAAACCUUUGCACAUCAGUCCACAAAUGGAGAUUGUGCAUCAGAUUCGGUGAUUACAAAUGGUCACAUCCAUCAGGGUCAUGGGUGAUGCUUGGAGAUGCGGUCCACGCAACCUUGCCCUAUCUAGCAGCAGGAGCGGGGAUGGCAUUUGAGGAUGGGGCAGUUCUUGGAGAAUGUCUUUCCCGUCUCCCAAACGAUCCCAAAACCAGUAAAUCAUCCAAGGGGUUUCUGGACGCCAAGUGUCAUGCUCUUGAGGUUUUUCAGAAAUGUCGAAAGGACCGAACCCACAUGGUUAUCAAAAGAUCACAUAAACAGAGAUAUUUGGAGCAUAUGCCGGACGGCCCUGAACAAGAGGAGCGUGAUAGGGAAAUGCAGAUGGUUCCCACGCCUCCAGGCGAGGCGAUGGUUUGGCGCGACCCUGGGACUGCUCCCGAGUUGUUGAGGUAUGAUCAUAUCGCCGAUGUGGAUAAACACUGGGGCAUUCGCUCUCAGGCCAUGGAAAAUGGGGCUUUAAUGGAAGCUCGUCUUUGA